UAAUGGCGGCGCUUGAGCAGACGCAGAGAUACCUCUAAUAGUGUCUCGAUGCUUGGGGUAAUGUGCGCACGCCCCAAGCCUUGGAUCCUCGGGGCACUCUCUCUUGUACAUCCGAUUGUUCAUCCUCGAAUUGUCGGUAGCCCAAUUUCAUUUGUCAGCGGUGGAGAUCUCAGUCGGCGCUACCACCACUCCACCGAGUGCCGCCUCAGGAGUAAUGGUGGUGGAACUGGUGCGGCAUCAAUAUGGCAUGCAAUUCUUCCCUCUGGUGGGGAUCGUCUGAGCAUCAACAAUCUUAAACCGGCAAUUCAUCAUGAGCAGAAAGGGGAAGGGUCUUGGAAUGUGGCCUUGGAUGUACGCCCUGCCAGAUGGUUGCAUCGCUCUGAUUCAGCUUGGUUUCUUUUCGGUGUUUGUUCUUGUCUUUCGCCUUCAUUGGAUUGUUGCGGUGGGAAUCCAGAGGCGGUUGUAGAGGAGACUGCUUGUAUUGGCGAUGGGGAUGAAAUAAGGUCGGACAGGAAUGAUAAAUGCUCUGUUGAUUCUACUGAUUACAAAGUGAUAGGGGUGCUUGCUGAUGGUCGAUGCCUGUUUAGAGCAAUAGCUCAUGGAGCUUGCUUGAGAAGUGGGGAAGAAGCUCCUGAUGAAACCCAUGAGAGAGAACUUGCUGAUGAAUUAAGAACUCAAGUUGCAGAUGAGCUGUUAAAGAGGAGAGAAGAAACUGAAUGGUUCAUUGAAGGAGAUUUUGAUAUGUAUGUAAAAACUAUCCAGCAGCCUAGUGAAUGGGGAGGUGAACCUGAGUUGUUGAUGGCUUCACAUGUACUUAGGAUUCCGAUAUCUGUCUUUAUGAAGGAGAAGAGCUCAGAUCGCUUGAUAAACAUUGCCAGCUAUGGUCUGGAGUAUGGGAAGGAUAAACAGAGCCCAGUGAAGGUGUUGUUUCAUGGCUAUGGUCAUUAUGAUGUUUUGGAAAUGUAGAGGCUGGUUAUGGGAAGUAAAGAAGGUUUUGUUAGAUAAGAUAACUCAGUAUUAGCAUAAUGAUUUUGAUUGAUGAAAGGUUUAAUUCGGCCAAUUAAUAAUUUUGAAUAUACUCAAUUUGCUAUACUGACUUA